GGCGCGGGUUUGAGACGCGGCCGCGAGGUGAGUUUCAUCAUGGCGGCGGAGUUUCGCUUUCUGGCGACGAAAUACCGUCAACACUCACGAACGAGCUCAGAAUAUCGCACUAAAGCGGCUUCGGAUCGAUUUUAAAGCAGUUCGCUUUCAGACUCAUUAUUCUCCGAAGGAUUAUAUUUCGUGACAUCGCGAGAGUCGAUGGAUGUAUAUUAACUCCGUGACUCUGCGCGUUAUUUCUCUCGUUUACAUCAGCUGGCUUGCGAGGUGAAAAUGUGCUUCAGGUAGUUUUCAUUUGCGGUGUUCCUCAGGGCUCCGUCAGCGGCCCGUCCGCAUUCAGCAUGUCCUCCACAGCCGUCCCCAAACCUUCUCCUGCACUCUCAGGCCUGGACAAUCUCUCCAUAUCGUCUCUUCUAUCUGGAGACCUGGAGGAGGACGGCGAGAGAGCAGACGAGGAUCUGGCCGAUCUGGAGGUGAACCCCUACGAUGGGCUGCCGUUUUCCUCGCGCUACUACAACCUUCUGGAGGAGCGGAAGCAGCUGCCCGUGUGGAGUCUGAAGCUCAGUCUGCUGGAGCACAUGGAGUCGCACAGCAUGAUCGUCCUGAGCGCAGACGGAGGAGCGGGGAAGAGCACGCAGGUUCCUCAGUGGUGUGUGGAGUUCGCUCUGUCUCACGAGUUCUCUCAGGGUCUGGUGUGCUGCUGUCAGCCGUAUGCGGCGGCGGCCUGCGGUCUGGCGCUCAGAGUGGCCGAUGAGAUGGACUUGAGUCUGGGGCUGGAGGUGGGCUACAGGGUCCCUCACGAGGACGGCUGCACGCCGGACACUAUACUGCGGUUUGUCACAGACUCUCUCCUGCUGGAGGAGAUGAUGUCGGACCCUCUGCUGCGGCAGUAUGGGGUUCUGGUCAUCGACGAGGCUCAGGAGCGCACGGUGGCCACGGAUGCGCUGCUGGGGCUGCUGCGUGAUGUGUGCCGCCAGCGCUCCGAGCUCAGGGUGGUGCUGCUCACCGAGCCUGCCGUCGCACACACCUUCGCCAGCUUCCUGGGAGAGAGCGUUCCUCACCUCAGCGUUCCCUCGCUAAACAACUCCUCCGAAAUACUGUACCGAGAGCCGCACGCAGGACGCGACCUGGCCACAGCUUCCUGUCACAUGAUCCUGGAUCUGCACCGCAGGGGAGAGGAAGGAGACAUACUGGUGUUCCUCCCCAGUGUGCAGGAGAUCCAGGAGUGUCGCGCGACGCUGGAGAAGGAGUGUGUGUCUCUCAGCGCUCAUCUGCUGUCUCUGCGUGUGAUCGAGCUGCACGCCGGCGUCGCAGGAUCAUCUCAGCAGCUUUACGACACAGAAAACACAGAGGACAAACAGAACGAGCCGCCGGACGCUCAGGAGUCUCCGACCCAGAGACGCAGGGUCAUCCUCACCGACGUCUUAGGAGAGGCUUCGUUCUCGCUCAAGAACAUCCGAUACGUCAUCGACAGCGGCGUCCAGCUGAGGACCAUCUACAACCCUCAGAUCCGAGCGGAUUCACAGCUUCAGCAGCCCAUCAGCAAACAGCAGGCCGACACACGCGCCCGCAGGGUCAACAGCACACGGCCCGGCGUGUGUUUCCGGCUGUACUCUCAGCAGAUGUAUGAGGACGAGAUGUCCACGUCUCGCUGUCCGGCGGUGACAGAAGCAAACCUCAGUCAUCUGGUGCUGCUCCUCAAGAGGCUGGACAUCGCAGACAUGGGCCAGUGCAAGUUCCUGGACCGGCCGGGUCAGUCCAGCCAAACACACACUUCAAGACUAAAGCUCCUCGCUUUGGCUCCGGCGGCGCUGAUGCAGGCGCUGGAGGAUCUGGAUUAUCUGGCGGCUCUGGAUGACGAUGGGAAUCUGUCAGAGGUGGGAAUCAUCAUGUCUGAACUUCCUCUGGAGCCGCCGUUAGCCAAAGCUCUGAUCGCCUCCUGCGAGUUCGACUGUGUUAACGAGCUGCUGACCAUCGCUGCCAUGCUGACCGCUCCGCCGUGCUUCGUUACACCUCUGGCUAAUAAAGAGGAGGCGGCUGCGACCCACAGACGACCCCUGCUGCAUCCAGACGGAGAUCACAUGACCCUCAUCAACAUCUACAACGCGUAUCUGCAGCAUAACGAAGACGAGGUCUGGUGCAAGACGAACUUCCUCGACGUCGCUGCCUUACGAUUGGCUGUGGUGAUCAGGGCGGAGCUACUAGAGGUGAUGCAGCGAAUCGAGCUGCCCGUCUCUCCUCCCGCCUUCGGUUGCCAGGACAACAGCACCAAUAUAAAGAGAGCUCUGAUAUCGGGCUUCUUCCUGAAGGUUGCUCAUGAUGUUGACGGCUCAGGGAACUAUCUUCUGCUCACACACCGUCACGUGGCUCAUCUCCACCCGUUCUCUUCAUAUCGCUGCCGCCGACCGCAGCUAAACCCUCCCAGCUGGGUGCUUUACCACGACUUCACCAUCUCAUACGACAACUGCAUCUGCAUCGUGUCCGAGAUACACCCGCAGAUGUUGGUGGAGCUGGCUCCUCAGUACUAUCUCGGGAAUCUUCCGGCCAGUGAAGGCCGAGAUCUGCUGAUGGGCUUCAGACAGAGUUUAUUUCCUCCAGAAGAGCAGGACACAAACCCUCAGGACCAAAGCCAUGAAGAAGCGGGCAGUCAGUACAGCGCAGAGACGUGCAGCGUUCAGUAACACACACACACCAGCAGCGACGGCGUCUUCAGACCUCCAGGUGACUGUGAUCACUCUUCAGCAGACUUCAGGUCUCAGGCUCAGAUUUACUAUUUCUGUAAUUGACUUGCUAUGAAAUAUAUAUUUAUAUAUAUUUUUAAUGGUGAAUAAAGAGUCUCUGUGGAUGAAGUAAGGGAACGGAGUCCAGCAGCCAAUCGGAUGAAGCUCAAAUCACGUCCAGUCACAUCAGUAAUAAACUCUCGUCUGUCAUGAGUGACGGCUGUCUGUGAACGCCACGGAAGCUCACUUCUGCCACAAGAAUAAAAAUAUAAAAGGUGACUUUUUUUUUUUUCUCAGAAAAAUUAGCAUUGAGCUUUUUUAUAUUUUUAUUCACUGAUGGAAAUGAGCUUCCAGAGAGUAGAGCGUUUCUACAGGGACUAAAAAACAUUUUCCAGGAGUUUUCUGGCACGGUGUGAUUGUGUUCAUCAUGACCGGAUCUCUAUUUGAGUUGUGCUUUCAUAUACUUUAGGCCUUUAUCACACUUCUGCGUUCGAAAAGCAGAAGAUUCUAAUAGUAGCGUAAUAAACGUCCGCUGCGGCUGUGCGCAUAGCACGGGAUGUUGAGAUUUAUGUCAAAUUCAGCACAGAUACGUCUUCUAAAGACACCAAACUACAAUCAUUGUAGUUCUACAAUCAACUUUACAGUCAUUCAUUCAGUGUUGUGAAACCAAGGAAGAUGGUUUUAUGAUAUUACGAUGUAUAUUUCGUCACUUAAAAGGGAGCGCGCAAGCCAUGCUGUAUGAGUCUGACCACCUUAUUUUAUUACAGAAAACAAUACAAACAGCGUAUCACAUUAAAGAGCAUUUAAAAUAAUAAUUAUGACUAAAGACCAGAUCGAAGAAGUUUGAUGGAAGCUUAUUGUGUUAAGCAUUUUUCAUGCACUUACUUUACGAUGCAAUCCUCAAUAAUUACGUCAAAUUAAAGUUGUUCAAAUAAACGAAUAUUUCCAGCCCAUAGACGAUUAUAACAAAUAGAUUGAUCAUCUUAUACAAGUCAUAUCCUGCGUGAUUGAACAGCAUCGCUGUGUACAAAAACAGGAGGUUAAUCAUAAUAAAUAAUGCAAGCAGAAACUCCUUUACGCUACGAUCGCAGCUCGACACGCGGACUGUGAUGAAGGUCACUUCUGGUUGAUUUGGGUUUAUGUCACUUUCGCCGUUCACAGACAUUGUGUUUUCUGUUUUGUGUUGUUGUCUGUGUAGUACAAACUUUCUCCUUCAAACUGAGUCUCAGUAACACACGCGGCUCUCAGUGAUGUUCCUGGAGCCUGACGCGGGACGUGCCUUCACACUGAAGCAUUUCAGCCAAAUCCAGCAUCGGAGCCCCUCUUAAAUCAGUUCUCACUAACUGAGACUAUAAUAACAUCCACGCCAGCAGACGAUUCUGAGCUACUGUUUUCAGCAGUCGGCCGGCCUGUAAUAACAUUCUCAAAAUCUUCUUUAUGCAGCAUUCAUGGAACUUUUUUCCUGAAACACUGUCGUUGGACAUUCAUGACGUUUUUUAAAUGUUUCUACUCGUUUCAGAACAUUCCGAGAACAAUCGAAAGUAACAUUCUCAAAAUAAUCGAAUGGAAUGAAACAAAAAUGUUACAAACUGUAACGAUGUCACAAUGUAACUGUAACAAAAGUUUGUAUGAACAAACAGUAACAUUUUUCAGAGUCGGCCGGCCUGUAAUAAAAUUCUUAAAACAUUCAUUCAAAAAUGUUAUUUAUACAGUGUUCAUGGAACUUUUUUCCUGAAACACUCUCAUUGGACAUUUAUCUGAUGUUUUUUUUUUAAAUGUUUCAACUUGUUUCAGAACAUCCUGAGAACAAUCAAAAGUAACGUUCACAAAAUGAUCAAAUGGAAUGAAACAAAAACGUUAAACAACAGUUUGUUUAGAACGGAAUCGGCAGUGAGAGUUCAUGGGAAUGUGUUGAGGAUGUUUGUGAGCUGGGUUAGGAUCGAAUCACUGAAUCACUGAAUCACUUUGUUCCGUCACUGGAGCUUUGAUUGGUUUUUGCUCUCGAUUCGUCUGUAUUUUUGACUCUUGGAGCUGAUGUUCAGGGUUCAGUUUGUGUGAAUCCUCUGUGUUUUGUGGUUUUACAGCUUGUCUCUGUUUUACUCCUUGUAGUUUGUUUUUGUAUUUUUCUAAAUGCACCGUCUCUAUUUUGUGUGAACUCUUGAUGUGAUUUUAAUACAGUGGAAAUUUGAACACUAAUUAAAAGUUGUGGAGCUUUUGAUUCACAGUUCGUCUAAUGAACGCAGAUCUUCGUGCAGGGCCAGCUGUUCAAAAGUAAUCUGAGCGGACUGGAUCAAAUCUUGAAAAUGGGUGGUUCAAAAGAAGAAAAAAAAGGAUUCUGAAUUUGGAUUAGAUCACAAAAUCCAAUCUUGGUUUUGAUCUGGAUUAAAUCCUUAGUUUGUGUCAUUCAGAAUGUUGUAGUAAGAUACUUUUGAUCCAAAGAAACGGGAUUAUUCUGAUCCCAGUAGAAGGGUGGGUUUCAGGUACAAAAAUGUAAUAAAACUUUAAAACUGGUCCAAUUUUGGUUUGAAAAAGCGGCACAGAAGUAAGAUGGGUUUCCUGAUCCUGGAGAGCAUAACAUGAGAUUCCCAAACCCAGACCAUUCUGAUCCAGAUUCAGCUUUCUGAACGACUGGCCCCAGGUGAAAAAUAAACUGUACUUGAAUGCACUAAAAAAAAUACUUAAAUACAAGCCAAGCACAUUUGUAGUACAUUCUUAUUUUUUGUGCUAAAUAAAAUUGUAAACGUUAUACACUAAUUAAAAGUAUAUUUCUACUUCAGGAGUACUUCAGUGCGAUUGCAAAUGUGUACUAAAUACCACUGAUAUUUAAAUUAAUUUUAAGGACUUUGAAAUAAAGUGUACUACUGUAAAAAUA